UAGUGCAAAUUAAGUGAUGAAAAUGGAAUCGUAAACUUUUUCCUUGAGUAUGUGUUUGUUACAUGUACAAAGGGGAAUUCCACGAGAAUUUUUUUCAUAAAAAUUAUUGUAAGGUUUUCAUCUCUGACGCUUCUUCUGGAAUCGUUUUGACACAUUUCGCUGUAGCACGGUGAAGAGGAUUAGAUAUCCAGAUGGCUGUGUCUCAAACACCUCCGUUUCCACCCCCAGAAGGUACAGUUGCUGAAUAAAUUUUGUUUUCUUAUCUUACUGUCGAUAUUUGAUGUCUGUAGAAGAUGCAAAAUGUAAAAUCUCACCUGAUUCUGUGUUAAUUUAAAGAUCAAGAUCAGAAGAACAUUAUCGACAAACUUGCAAACUUUGUUGCCCGAAAUGGCAGCAAGUUUGAAGAUAUGACCAAGGAAAAACAGAAAGGAAACCCAAAGUUUGCAUUUUUGUUCAGUGGAGAGCACUACAAUUACUACAGGUGGAAGGUUUCAUUUGAAAUUGGUAAGAAAUCUGUGGUGGAGUUAAUCUGAAUAGCAGACAGUUAGCUAGGUAACCCAAGUGCAAAAGGUUUGAAGUAUUGUGUAAGAAUAAGAAAGCCUCACUCAUUUGCCCCUGAUGUUCACCUUAUCAGGUUAUCUGAUUGAUUGCCACGCAGCCUACUACUUGUUAGAUGUUUUCAUAAAAUAAUAGACACUAGGUAACACGUUCACUCCCAUACCAGAUCUCAUUAGUAGUUCUCCUAAAUGUUUGCCAUGCAAUUCUCAUGAUUUUGUUUUGGAGAAUUUGGUAUUGGAUCAGCUAAUAAUCCCCUAAUUGAUUUUUUCCCUAUUCUCAUCACUUGUUUGCUUAAUAUUGUAUUGAUAUUGUUAGGAGAAAUUGACAUUUUUUCUUGGUCACUCAAGUGAGUUAAAAGGUUAUGUUUGUUUUUUUUGAGCUGAGAGUUAUUCUUUUUCAUUUUCAUAUCUGAACUUGAAUAGAAACAGCAAAAGAGUUUGAACCAAACAAAGAUGUAAUUGAUUUUGACUAUAACUUUCUUUAUUUGAUACAAUAAAUUAACUUUUUUUCAUUUAUAUUUUUCCUACUGUUAGCUCAACAGCAAACCCAACAACAUUUACAAAACCAGCAACAACUUGCACAGCAAGCAGCAACACAGCUUACUACAAAUCCGCAAGCUCAUUUGGUGCAACAAGCUAUUGUUCAACAGUCAAUAAAUACAGCUCCAUGGCAACAAGCACAACAGCAGGCUCAACAACAGGUAACAAAAAUGAACAUUUAAAAUGAUUUUUAAUAGUGCAUGACAUAGUUAUCAAAGAACAAAAUCUAAGUGUUCCCAAGGAAAACUUACCUUAUAAGUUGCUGCUUACUACAACAUAAAUAUGUCAUGCUAGGAGAUUAAAGAGUAUUUUUUUAAGAUCUACUUUUAGGUCUUGUAGUAAAUUACAAUAUUUGAACUUGGAUCUCUAGUAUUCUUUAUUUUUAUACUCCUGAACAGUACAGAAGAAUUGUGACAAAAAAGUAGCUUUUUCCAAUCACUAAAACCUUCACUGCUAAAUCCACUGCUUUGUGGGCUAACUAUCAAGUUUCAGCACCAAAGUCAAUGUGAACUGCUCGAUCAGUAGCACCAUGCAUGAAGUCACCCCAUUAGUUUGACAAUGUUGUCAUUUCAAACACUUAAAAUGUCUACUAUUGAAAGUUUCUUUUUUAUCUUCAUUAUGACCAAAUCUUGAAGAACCCCCUGAUCUGUACCCUUACAUAAGUAUUGAUAUUCCCCAUACUCUUUGUUCUACAUUUACUCUGGUACUGACAAGGGGAAUUCAUUAAAAAAUCAAAGCUUCUUAGAUUGGUGAUUAUUUUCAUAAUUCUCAUGAUUGGAACAAAUUAUUCAGCACUAUAACUGUAAGGAGAAUUUAGAUACUGGUCACCCUAAGGUUUUAAGGGUGAACUUAUUGAUUUGUCAAAGGUCAUUUGUAUCUGUCUUGUAGAUCUCCCCACAAUUUAUUAUUGUCCCUAAAAAGGAUUCAGAUGCCUUGAGAUUGAGAAAUUUUUAUUUAUUAAAUUUGAUUUAUUACCAGAUGCAAGCCCUUCAACAGCAGGUCCAAGCCACUACAGCCAUAUAUCAGCCUCCUGUUCCUGUUCAGCAACAACCCAGUGAAGUUGAUGUGACAGAACUAGAAAACCUGUUGCAUAAGAUUAUGGAGUCAUGCACAAAAGAUUCUAUAUCUGUAAGCACUUAGGUCUUUUUUCACCUACUUCUUGGAGAUGUAAUGAUUUUUUUGAGUUGGAGUUUGUAAUAAUUGGAGAUGAAAUGAAAUCAGAUUUUUCUGAGUUACGAGAACAUUGUUUGAUAAUAAUUUCUUACUAAUGGAGGGUAGGGGUCAUACUGGGGAUUUUUGGCCUGAGGUUAUACCAGUAAAGAUUAAGUGCCAAUAUUCUCCAGUAUGGCUCAAAUAAUCAAGGUUAGUGAGUAGUUUAUUAUAUGGUACUCAGACCAAACUUGUCUAUUUUUAAUUUUGGCUUCUGCAAACUAAGAUACAGGGCUCAUGACCAUUUCCCUGGAAACAGUCCACUUGGCCAAGUGUGGACCAAGUAAAAAACCAAUUAGAUCACUUGGAUUUACCAUAGGACUGUCUUGCCUCACAAUAAUAUAGGAUAUUCUUUUUUUGUUGUUGGGAAAAUUUUCACAUAUUAUUCUGAUGGUAUGAGCUAUUUUUUGAUUCAGACAUGGAGAAAAUUCCCUUGCUUUUUAACACUAAUCUUUCUUUGGAAUGAAAACACUAAAGUUUUCAUUUUAAACAAGAAAUAUACGGAGUCCCUUGACCACAAAACACAGAUUGGCAUCUAAUACUUGAUAAUAUGUAUUAUCUUUUAGAGUGGAAAGAACUUUAUUUUCAACAAUUCCAAGACAAAGGCAAGUUGCUUUCAGAUUUCCCAGUAUCUGCUAAAGAGGUAGGCACCUAUAAACUGCUAUAAUAUUUAGUUAGAGAAUUUAUCUUUUACUUGUCACUAGUCAGUGUUGUCUACACCACAGAUAUUAGAAUAAAAUUACAUUAUCUCUUCUUUUCAGCCACUCUCCUUGACUGCUCACCCACCCCUCCCUAUCCCUCCGUGUAUCUAUAAGGGGAGGUUACCCUGAAUGAUAUUUAUUUUCCACACAUAAAAGGAUAAGGUUGCACUUUCGAAUUAAAAGUGUAAUGAAGAAUUGUCUGUAUUAAUGUUCACCUCAAGAUUGUUUUGCAAUCCUCCUAUGCUGCUGCAUCACUUUUCCUAUCAAACUGGUUGCAAGAAUUUGUGUUAAAUAACACCCUUCACUAAUAAUGUUGUCUAUUCUCGUUACCUGUUUGCUUGAAAAUAUAUUGAUGUUGUAGGGAGAAGUAACAUUUUAAUCACUUUCAUCUUAUCAUGCUCUUGACUCCUCUUCUUUUGUCUAAUAUCUUAUAGAGCCCUUGGCCCUGGAAUGCAAUUUCAACACAAACUUCACAUUGUUUACCUUGUGAAUGAUAUUCUGCACCACUGUCAAAGGAAAGGAGCUCAGGACCUUCAGAAGAGUCUUGAGGAUAUUGUAGUACCUUUGUUUUUUUGUACACAGAUAGGGGAAUUAGCAGAAAAUCUGCAGAAAGUAACAAAAGUCUUAGGAAUUUGGGAAAGUCAUAAUCUUUUUGACCCAUCUCUCCUACAGGCAAGUUUCAGAAUUUUGGUUAAAUUUUUUUUGUGAAAAUGAAAAUUGAUAGUAGUACAAUUUUAAUGUGUCCUGUUAGCCCUUUAGCCCCCAAGAUCUCUUAAGUAAUUCUCCUUACUGUCUGCCACAUAAUUCUCAUGAUUUUACUUUGGAGAAUUUGGUAUUAAUUCAACUCAUAAACCCCUAAUUGAUAUUUUUCCCUUUAUUCUAAUUGCUUGUUUGCUUGAUGUUUUAUUGAUAUUGUAAGGAUAAAUUCUGUUUGGAUACUCAUGGUAGUUAAAGGGUUGAGUCUCAUUCCGAAGCAACAUUCAAAGAAUUUCACAUCAUAAUGAUUAGUUGGAAAAUCACAUUUAAGCUUUUUAAGCAAAAAUACUGAUACCACUUUUUAAUAUUUAUUGUUUAUUGCCUUUGUACAGUAAAUUGUUUCUAGAAAGUAUCUCAUUUGUUUACUUUUGAACAUAGUUUAGUUACUCUUCAUUGUUACUUAAAGUUAUCAAUUGCAAAUGAGCAGAAAUUGAAAUCAUAAUUUUUCCUGAUAUAAAUGUUUGACAUUACCUUCAGGAACUGAAAAACACUGAAGCAGGCCAGAGUAAAGUUGACGCAGCUCGUGAGCAGAUGUUUAGUCAAGGUUUUUAUGCUGCACCUGAACGCCAUCAGCCACAUUAUCAGCAGCCACAAGAUAGCCAACAGAAUCCACAAUCAGACCAGCAAGCUCCUGGAAGAGAAGGUACUUCAACCUGUGUUCACCACUAGAGAGUUCCUCAGUCUUUCAUGAGUUCAGUAGUGGAGAAUUGUUCUGAUACAUGAAUUUAGUUUGGGCAUGUCUGGUCAUGAUUUACAACAAGAUGGCGUUUGUUUGGCAAAUCUUCAUGUAAUGAAGUAGCCAGUUCAAACUAGAUUUCAUUUAACCUUUAUUACAAACAACCCAGAGAAAGUUCCUAAAAGUUUGCCAAAUGUAUUUCUUCAGAUAAUUUGAAGCAGCCAACAGUAGAGGUAGGCUCCCAAGGAACAGGGGAUGAGGCAAAACAACAAGUCAUUGAAAAAGGAAAAGAAGAAAAUGCAGAGCAAAUACCAUCAGAAGAUGCUGAGACAAGAGUGCAAAAUGUAAAGGUUUUGAACUUCUAGUUGUGUGAUAAAUGCUUUUCUUUAAGGGUAAUCUGAGUUUUGGCCCAGAAAUAAGAGGAAAUCAACCAUAUAUGUUUAAAGUCAAAUAGGCUGUGAGAGGCCUGGGUUUGAACCCUGCCUGGGUCAUUGUGUUGUGUUCUUUGACAAAACACUUGACUCUUAGUGCCUCUCUCCACCCAGGAGUAUAACAUUGUGCUUAGCAAACUGUUUGGGGAAACCUAAUGAAAUGCUGAUGGGUAACACUUGAAUGAUCCUGCAUUCCAUACAAUGAGGUUGCUAAUGAGCUCCAAAAGUUUGGGCUCAAAAGUAGACUUAAUGUACCUUUCUUGUACAGUGAAAGCCUUUUAAGAACAGCUUGUUAACAGUAGACUAAGCUUAAAAGAAUUAUUAUCCUGUUCCUCGCCAAAGAAAUUUGAAAUUUUUCUCUACUGAGGGUUUAUCAAACUAAAAGGAAAAGUCCCUGAUUAGCGAAGUGAUUGGCUCUUGAUAAUACUCUGAAUUCAACAUUUUGUCUAUUUGUGCUUAGUAAACAGUAUGGAAAAGUAGAGUAAUAGUAUCCUUUUCAAAGCAAGAAGAAAAAAAAAACAAUUGUGAUUUAUCUAGAUUCUGCUACAAGCGACCUCAGUUUUAACUCUGAAGUAGCUUAAAAAGCACUUUCAUAAGGCCUUGGUGUGCAUCACAUUCACAACAGUUUAAGCUACAACCUCACUCUGUUCCCUCACUGAUAACCUAUCUAUUGUGUCAGCAGAAGGAGGCAACCAUGCAGCAACCAUACCAACCACCACCUUAUCAGCAACAUCCUCCACCCUUCCCUCCCCCAUUUGGCGAUCAGAGACCCCAGUUCUAUGGGCGUGGCCCACCACCAUUUCCUCCUCAUUUUCCUCCUCCACCCUACGUACCAGAUUUCAGACACCCCCCACCCAUGUUUGGUGGGCCCCGACCCCCUAACUUCCACGAUGAAGGAUACCAUGUGAGGUGGGUUGACACUGAAAAUUAGAUACAAUAGCAGUGCUCCACUAUACACCAUAAAAGAGGAAUUAGCAUGCAGCAGUUAAACAGAUAGCUGUAUUUUAUCAUUCAACUUAAUGGCUGGUCAAAGAGUAGCAUCAUGACAGUUAAAAUGUCACAGUCAACAUUAUUGGUGAUAAUGCUAUGUUACAAAUUGACCUCAAAUUUAUAUUGACUGUAGCCUUAUUUAUCAUAGAAAUGAUCAAUACAUACUUUUGCAAUCUCACUUUAUCCCAUCAUUUAUAUUGAACUUAAGCUCUAAAUGAAGGGCCAUCAAUGCCAAAUGUGAUUGCUAGUGUUUUCCAUUAUUUUAAGUCUAACAGGUAAACAAGUUUUCAAACUGAUAGGGCAAUGUCUUUACUCACUGAAUGUUCAAAAAUUGCAAGUGAUUUUAGGCAGUUACAAGAGGUACUUCAGAUAGUAAAUGGUGUGAUCCUCAUUUCUUACUAAAUAAUAUUUGUUAACUUUACUUUCCCUGUGGCUUUAACACAGGCCACCACCACCGCAAUUCCGUGGUCCACCACAACAGUUUGACUAUCAACACCAGAUGCCAGAGUUUGAGCAGUACGAGGGUAGAGGGCCUCCUCCACCCAUGGUGAAUGAUUACAAUCAUGGCAGAAUGCAAGAGGAGGAGGGGUAUGGCAUGGAGGAGUAUGAGAUGCCACCUGAACCUCCCAUACCUGAGCCUAUUAUACCAACUGCAAUGUACUAUGAUCUUCCUGCUGGUCUCAUGGCUCCGUUAGUAGGGGUAAGAUUCCUAUCUGUGAUAAUUCUCCUGGAGGGUGGGGAUAGAGAAGGGGUAGUUAGAUGGCUCUGGGCUGCCUGUGAGACCCCUCCCCUCUUUUUAAUCAACAACAUUCAAAUCUUCUAAGAGACCAGUCAUUAUUUAUCAUCUUUUUUUGGGGAGGAGAUCACAUGGAAUUCAGGGGGGACAUUGGGGGGUCAGUUGUUGCCAACAGAGUACAAAGUAGGAACUAUGGAAAAUUGACUGCCAAUUAACUGCCAAUGAGGGGGGAUGGUAAAAGUGAUAGUGUUAUAAACGCAGAUUUCGUUUUCUUUCCUGGUAAAGCUGCCAGACGUUGACUACAAGCCAAUAGAUCCAGCUUCUCUUCGUCUUCCUGCACCACAGCCACCAAGUGAAAGACUUCUUGCUGCAGUAGAAGCGUUUUACAGUCCACCUAGUCACGAGAGGCCUAGGAACAGGUUAGUCAGUCUGACUGAUAUCUUACAUCUCCUUACUCUACUAGUAUAGAUUAUGAAUACAUAAAUGAAGAGAGAGGAGGAGAGAAUAUUUUAAAAAAUUUUGAAUUGAAUUCUUCCUUUGAUAUUUGAGCCCUUGGAUUUUACGGUUGAUAUUUAGAACUCUUUGAUGUUCCAUACUAGAUACAUGAGGCAGUGGUUACCGAUAAUUUUAAUCUUUUUUUGUUUGAUACUCGAUGUUUUAAAAUCUGUAUUCGGAUAUUCUUCGGAAAUCGCCAAAAGAGCUCGAAGGCCAUCCGAAGUCGUUCGAAAUCUGAGAUCGUUCGGGUAAAGUUCGGAAAUCUGAGAUUGUUAUUGCUUCUGCAUGGUUUUUUGCUAACUGGAGUGAUCAAAAUAACGCUUUCUGAGAAAAUUAUUGGCAGUUGGACUAAUGGUGUCUGAAACAUGUUUCCUACAGUGAAGGGUGGGAGCAAAGUGGUUUGUUUGAGUUUUACAAAGCAAAGUUGAAGUACAUAAAAGAUCGAGAGGAAGCCGAGAAACUCAAAGUGCAAGAAAUUCCUCCAAGCAGAUCAAGGUCCCAUUCCAGAUCUCCCCGGCCACGCUCUCGUUCUCACUCCCAAUCCCCUCGUCAGCGGCGGUCUCGUUCUCGCUCUAGAUCCCCCAGAAGACGGCAUUCACGGAGCAGGUCCAACUCUCCAAGAAGAAGAAGGUAAAGUCAUGUCAAAAGGCCAUCAGCAGGGGUGCAUGCAAACGGUGUGACCUUUUUUACAUAGUAACUUAGAGGAAAUGUAUGGCAAUGUUGUAAAGGUUCGCAUCACUGUACCUAUUUGAGACGAAUAAUCUCACGGCGUUUAACAUCAAAUAAACGCGCCUUUGUGGUCAGAUAAGGAUUUUUCGCCUAACCCUUGAUGUUAAAUGAGAAUAUUCAUCACAAGUUAGUAUGUGAUAGUGUAGUCUGAUCGUCCGGAUGAGUGCAGUCCUGAGAGGGACUGUUGUCGGUAGUGGCGACUGACGUUUCGACAACCUGAGCGGAAGUCAUCACUGAUGGUGACUACUUGAUCAAGUAUACUAGAUGAAGUUUUUGGACAUUCUCAUAAAGUCCAUUUGAAUUAAAAUAAACGAAAAGUCACACCGUUUGUGUGGGUGCCCAGUAAUCGUUUCACAACAUUUCAAUUAUCCUUGGCCCACCCUUUGUGUAAAUUGCAUUUGACUUUCUUGUUACAGGUCACGCUCAAAAUCUCGAUCACGUUCAAGAUCACGCUCACGUUCACGCUCCAGGUCACGAUCACGUUCAAUCUCACCAAUGUUCAAGUCCAACCGAAGUCCUGGUAGAAGUCCAACGCCUCCAAGUUUUCAGUAAGUAUUCUAAAAAUGUUCUCUCAUUUUUGUUUUGUUUUUUUUUUUCGAAGAUUCCAGAGGAACCUAAGUUUGAAGGGCCCCUUUUGGACCUGAAAAGAUGGGGUCCCUUCAAUGAAGGAAAUAAAUACUGAUGGACCUCCAUUUAUGGGACACCUUCGGAAAUAUAAAAAGUGUCCCUUGAAUGGAGCUCACAGAAACGAAAGUUAUUAAAUAAUUUUUUUUUAAAAUUCGGAAACAAAGUUUAUAUUCCUUGAGAGGAGGUAAUCCCUGAGUAGAAGUUUCCUAAAGAAUACGCCCCUCUUGAUUUCGCUCGAAUGUGAAAUAUUAGCGAAGAAUGCUUGGUGUCUCAAUUGACUUGGUUGUGUUUUUUCUUUCCAGUCCGUCGUACACAUCAAAGGUCCCUGAACAAAGACUGGAUGAAAGCAACGUCGGACAUCAGAUGCUCAAGAAAAUGGGUGGGUUGGACCGUGACUUUGAACAACACCUAGACUAAAGAUUGCGUGACUCGUGACGUUUUCCUCGUGUAGCACUCAAUAUGCAAACUAAAAAUAUUUAUAACUUUUAACACACAACCACCAGCCAAUGGUAAUUCGCGUCAACGUAUCAUCUGAGAUUAUUGAAACGAACUUUUCGUGACAGAAUGUGAUAUUUUUCAUCGUUAGGUUGGGAAGGAGCUGGACUGGGUAGAAGUAUGCAAGGGAUACAGGAUCCAAUAUCAGGGGGGGAGAUUCGGGAUAAGUUUGACAAGUUCAAGGUGAGGAACGAGUCAUUGCCGUUGUACUUUCUCUGUUAAGAGUCUGCUGAUUAUAAUUAAAGGGCAGAAAAUUCACCUCAACUAUAAAGAUACCUUGAGAUAAUAUAAAACUUUUAGAACUAAUGAUAGAAUACCUCCUUAGAAAUAAGUUGAAUUGAAAAUAAUGACUGUGUUUUUGUCUUUAUCUCAGGGGGUUGGUGCAGACAUGAAGGACCCGUUCGAAGCAUAUCGGAAGAGUAAAAGUUAUUCUUUUUUGGGUUCACGUAUCGGUAUGUUUAAAUGUUACCAUUAUCAUUGUUAUUAACAUUAUCGUUAUCAGUAUCAUUGUCGCCGUCUGAUCGUUUAGUCUGAUCGUCUGGGUAAGAGUAGUCCUGAGAAGGACUUUUGUGGAAAGAAGUCACUGACGUUUCGACAAGCUAAGCGGAAGUCAUCAUCGGGGUCAAGUGAAGAGUUGUUGUCAGUCGAGUGUUCUAAGUCUGGUUCGUGUAAACUGGUUGGUCAGUUUAGCCUUGAUUUAUUGGUCAUUUACCAUUAUUACUAUUAUUAUUGUUGUUGUUUUUGUUGUUUUUACAAUCCGCUUAUAAUUGUUUAAUUGUUGUCUUUCAAGAGGGAUUCGAUCUGACUUAGAUGCUUUAGAAUUCUUUAAUGACGAAAAGAUCUGUAAAAAUAAACGUCCUGCACGUGAACUCAUACACUUUAACAACUCCUAACUCUCAAUUUCAAAGUAUUAUCUAGAGAACAGGUUUGUCAACUGAAGGGUGUUAUCUCGAUAAAACUCCAAAUUCUUUCACACAUUUUACAGGGAAAUGUGUAGCUGCAGAAAGGAGAAUUGCUGAUCAGAUCGUUCUAAGACCAUUUUCCUUUUUAAUCCACAGCUAAAUCAGAAGCCAAAGCAGCUGCAAAGGCAGCAGCGAGAGCAGAGAGAAAGAAAGAUUGAAACUGUGAACAGAAGAGGACGUGUAUUUAAGACAAGAGGCACGGAAAUCGCAAGGGAAGUUAUCCUCGUGGUGCGUUGAAAAGGGACUCGAAUUGAGCCAUGGUUUUGUCAAAGACCUCGAGUAGCUGCUUCACAUAAGUUGGCAUGACAACGACCCGCGCGUGUUGGGGUUUCGUAAUAACUCCUCGGAUGCAUUCAUCGAAGAUUCGUGAACUUCCCAACCCCCCCCCCCUUCCUGACAUCUAUAGAUUCAGCUAGGCUUAGCUCUAGCUUACAUUCAUAGGAAGCCCGUAAUCUUUUGACUUUUACAGCGUGUUUAUAUUAAUAACUAUUGCACUGUACACUGCUUGCCCAGUUUAAUUACUUGUGUAUCCAUACUUAUUAUUAAAGAGCUUUACACUUCAUGCAUAGCUUUAACUACGCAAAAAUUAAACAAAGUUUAAAAUUUGAAAACUAACUGAGAUAAAAGAGACAAAAAUUAAUUAAAAUUCUUUUAAACUCGGUCGUAUGAGUUGUAACUAGUGAUUAUCUGUGGUGUUACUACUGUACCUUUCACAGUAAAUGGUUUGAACCUGGGGGUAACAUGUAAUAGUGUAAUUUGAUCGUUCGAGGGAGUGUAGUCCUGAGAAGGACUGUUGUCGGUAGUGGUGACGGACGUUUCGAAAACCUGAGCGGAAGUCAUCUUCAGAGUCAAGUGAUUAGUUGUUGUCAGUCGAAUGUUCUUAGUCCUUGUUAAAAAAUCGCUAGGGAGAAAACGCGAGUCACAAGUCUAGCUUUCUAUAAGCUAUUCUCUUCCAGAAAAGGCAGUUCUACAUGUGUAAAAAAGGCCGUCAAGGUCGUUGCAGUUGAGGUUGCUGGGCGCGCUCGCAUCUGUCGUCUAAGUUAAUUACACUUUUAGUGUUAACGAAACUUAGACGGGGCUACUGUCCUUUUCAAAAUGAGAACAUUUUACAUGACUCAAAAAACUGCUCAUAAGCGCAGCCUCCUUUACCUUCUAUGUUCC